AUGUCAUCUCCACGCGCCGCCUCUCCCCCAACCGUCGCAGGCUCUGCGACGGGCGCCUCAGCCGGCCCUUCGGCGCCCCCUCCGCCCGGUGGUGCGCGGACGGCCAUCCGCCGGCGUGCGGCGGCCGACCAGAAGGAGAAGAUUGCCAACGCGCGGCCCAACAGCACACGGUCGGCAGGCGCUGGCGGCUCCAGCAGCACCAUGCUGCGCCUGUACACGGACGAGAGCCCCGGGCUCAAGGUCGACCCUGUUGUUGUGCUGGUGUUGAGCUUGGUUUUCAUCUUCAGCGUUGUAGCGCUGCACAUUAUCGCCAAGAUUACCCGCAAGUUCUCGAGUUAA